AUGGACGCAAUUAAUGAUAUGUUACCUGAAACACUUAAGGAAGCAGCAAACAUGAGUAGCACCAAAGAAACGUCAAAUGAACCUGAAGAACGCCGGCCUUUUGUUGUAAAUAAUGAGAGAAAGACCGAAGCUUCGUCAAAAAGGAUAACCAAAAAUCCAUUUAAAACUUUCACUUAUAAAGUUGAAAAGCUCGUCUAUUGGGAAAAUUCUACAAAUUCCGCAGCUGUAUUGUUAGCCGGUUUAUCAUUCUUGAUUUUCACUUCAUACUAUUCCUUGUUCAACACAUUCUGCGCAUUAGCUGUUACGUUGAUAGGAUCGAAUUGGAUUUAUGUAAAUGGUCGAAAACAAUUGCAUUCCUUGCUCAACCAAAAACCCGUCAAUCCGUAUGAAACCAUUCUGGCAGAAAAGCCAUGGCAUAUUGAACGCGAAAAUGUUGAAAAAUAUUUAGAUUUCACAAUCGAAGCGAUCAACUUUUCACUGCUAGAAAUUCAAAGGAUCGUUUUGGUUGAAGAUCCAUUGAGAACAAUCAAAGUACCCGUUGUUCUUGGAUUCACUGCUCCUAUAGGAUAUCAGAAAAACCAAAAACUUGUUGACGAAAAAUUGAAUCACAUCAACAAGAUUUUACACACUCAAAUGGAUCGUGGCUUCAAAGUGGCAAAGCAACAUACUGGUGGUAUCUAUGAGAAGGCUAGAACUUACGCCGGAAAUCUUAAAAAGGAGGAAUAA